GCCCAAUGCUGGCAGGGAGACUACGGGGGCGAGCACAGAAGAUCGCCAUGAAUCUGCGCUUGGUGAACCCCUUGGGAGAGUACGAUGUGGGUGAUGCAGCCCUGGUGAGGCUGAGCGUGGACGAGGUCUUGGACCCCCUGACGGGGCAGGUGAUUCAACAUGCCAUACCGUCUGGGGUACAGGCAUUGUUGAACGCCUUGAGAUCGGCGUUUGGUGAGGCCCAGCAGCUGCAGGCCACCAAGGCCAUGGAGACAUUCUUCGAGUUUAAACGUGGUCGACUACCUCUACCAGAAUGGUCGGUGCAAUGGCAGUUGAACUACGAGGAGGCAGUGGACCACUCAGGGCUCGAGGUCAACCAGGUCGCAAAGACCUACUUGUACUUCAAGUCCAGCCAGCUGCUUCAGAAAGCCGUGGACGACAUACUGCUUCAGGUGCAUGGUGACAUGAGGAGGUUUGAAGAAGUAAGGACAUUACUUCUUCGAAUGGCACACAGGACCCUGGACAAUCACACCGUGCACUACGAGGACUCCCAGCAGUACUACAUGGACGAGGACGACAACGGGAGCUGGAGCACUAUGAGCGAUCGAUGGACUGACCAGUCCUGGGAGCACUACAUGAAUGACGAGCUCUACAACUGGUACGAGACUGAGUAUGCCUGGGACUACAACUACGACCCUGACUAUGAGGAGACCGACCCAUGGGGAGAGCAGACUUGGUAUGAGUCUGGAUGGAAUGAAGAGCCUGAUGAACCUCAAGCUGCAGAACCUUCAGAAGAACCGCAACAACAAGAGUUCUUCAAGGGCAAGGGCAAAGGCGGCAAGCCAUCAGCCAUGGGCUUAGGAUGUCAUGUCUGUGGCUCCAAGUGGCACAAUGCAGCCUCUUGUCCCAUUGGAGACAAUCAGCAGAGGUUCAACAAGGGCAAGAACAAGGGCAAAGGCAAAGGCAAGUCUUGGAACAAGGGCUACUUUCCCCGCAAGGGCUAUGGCAAGUCCAAAGGCUUUGGCAAGAAGGGCUACCCUCAUGGUGGCAAGUACGGCAAGAGGAACUUCAUGCAGGACGAGAUGCCCGCGAGCUUCAACGACUACUAUGGUGGCUCCUACUUGACCAACACCGAGGACAAGCCGAACAUGCAGAAAGACACUGUGAGGAUUGUGGCUGAAUCCCCCGAGAAGCAGGAGGAGCUCUUGGAUGGCAAGAAAGUGAGAUUCGACGACAAGGUGGAGUACAACAAUGGAGAUGGAGCUCAAGCUGGAGUUGCCAAGAAGCUCAACUUCCCUUCUGGAACCACCGAGAGCAUGGACAGCUACCACAUGGUGCGAGGAUGCAGAGUUUGCGGCCUUUUGGUGGAUCCUGGAGCUUCAUCUGGGCUGGUUGGAACGGACACCUUGAAUGAGCUCCUGAACUCAGGAAUGGUUCCCAGUGGUCGACAAGAUGAAGUGAUCUUUGGACCAUCAUCUACAACGGUCACUGGAAUUUCAGGGCAGUCUGACAGCACCUUGGCUCAGGUGACAUUGCCUUUCGACCUUGCAUGGAGGCAACUUCGAACUGUGGUCCUGACCGAGUGGUUCAGCAACGGCGAUGGUGUCAUGAUCUGCAGCACCAAUGGCAAGAGAGCAGAUGACCCACAGUCCAACUUGGUCUUUAUGCGACUGUUGCUGGCGGAGUCAGGACACUACAUCCUCCCGGUCAACAAGCAGGACCAGCAGCUCUCGCAGAACGAGAUGGAAGAAGUGCAGCGCCUGUGGCAAAAGCGGAACACGGCGACGGCACUUGAGCAGACUUGGCAUGGUGAUCGACAAGGUGGAGAUGAUGGCUACAACAAGAAGCCUGAGAAGUUGCAGUUCGCCAAGGACGUGAUCGAGGAGCCCUACAUCACCAAGAAUGAUAUCGACAUGGACAAGAACAUCGCUGUGGGAGAAGAGCCAGAGAUCCAGGUUCUCAUGGGCAGCAACUACGACCAGGAGUAUGACGACACUUCGCAGCCAUAUCAAGGAGAUGUUCUACCUGGACACCUUCAUGAGAGCAAGCUCAAGUACCUCACCAAGAUGUACAAGGCCGUCCCUGAGGAGUUCUACACGCAGACCAAACGACGGCCAGUGACCCCCAACAAUGCGCGCUCAUGGAUGAGAAAGCGCAGAGGCAAACAUCGCAAGAUCAUUGCCGAGAUGGAGGAAUCGAUGUCUGAGCUGCCAGAUGUGAACUUCUACUCACCAAGUUGCAGGCCGUGGUCAAUAUCGUCAACAAGGCGUGAUCUGGCCCAAACACAGAGAGAAAGAAAUGAGGAGAUGCCGACAGUGAACUACAUCAAGGGCAAGAUCAAAGCUCGGCACAAGCGGAAGAAGGGCUACAUCUUGGAGCAGCCCUGGACAUCAGCUUUGUGGGAAAACCUCAAAGACAAUCCUGGAGAUCUACAACGAACUGACCCAUGCAGGUACAAAGCCAUGGACGAGCUGGAGAACCCGAUCUUGAAACCAACGGGUCUACAAAGCAACAUCCAGUUGCGCUACAGCAUCAACCGAUGCAACGGCCAUCUUGGGCGGAAACAUGGUUGGCUUCAGAGGACAACCAUGGGGCACAAUCGAACGACACUUGCUGCAGUAUAUCCUGAAGCUAUUUGCAGAGCAAUCAUCAAGGAUGUGAAGCGCUACAUCAACAACAAGAACUGCUUUGUCGAGGCCUACUACAAGUGUCAGCGCUGUGCCCAAGGACGUGCAGACCCAAGGGAGAAAAAGAAGAUUGCCAAAGAACAGCAACAGCAGGAGGACAUCUUUGAAACCUUUCGCCGUGAGGCCUUGAAGAACGAGAAGGUCCUCCAGGGCAAGAUGUCCAUCCAUCCUGACUUUGCCAUGAACAACGAACAGACUGCAAUCUUCAAGAUGUGCAUGCUCAAGCUACUGAGUGAAGCACUCGCCUCUUUCGAGGAGUUGGAACAGAACAAGCUUGAGCACAACUACACCCAUUGGCUGGAGGAUCCAACAUCAAUGAGCUGGUUGAAGAAGAUCUUCCUCGACUACAUGGUGAUUGAAGGAGUCUUAGCCAGUCUUCAGCCGUGGUCGAAACCAACGCCUGAUCCUGUCUUGGCCUUGGAGAAGGCGCCUCUGAGACUUCUGGUUCGUGGUGGAAUUGAUCGAUGGACGAUCAUGCAGAUUGAGGACCUCAGAGAGCUCAGUGCCAGUCAAUGGCAUGAACCUAUGGACCUGGACGAUGACUGGAUGGUUGCACUAUUUGGAAGUGACAAGAUCAAAGCCAGGAAGAAUCAUCAUCCUCGGCAUCAUCACGAGCCAUCGUGCCAGUCCAAGAUGAUCGAGCUCAAGAACAGCAACAACAUGCAGACCAAGAAGGUGAACUUGCUCCACUUCAACAACCUGAGAUUGAGGUCUUGUCAGAAGAUCAACCUGAAACUCGAGCUGGAGCCCUUCGUCCAAGCUUUGACUUCAGGAGAGUCUUCAAGCGGCUUCCAACUUUGGUGCAGAAGGGAGAUCUGA